UCUAGUGGAAAGUUACUGAAACACUGUUGUUUAGACUAGAAUGAGAGAGCUUCUGUAAUAAUACUGUUAGGCAGCGUGUCAUGCAGGACGCAUCUCCCUUCUAGAAGUAAUAAAGUGUUAAAUGGUCUACUGAGCAGUGUUUUGUCUUCCAUCGGAUGCCUCUGAGGAAUCAAAAGAACUCGGAGAGAGAUCCUCUUUGAAAUGGAGCUUCCUUGUCUUCAGGUAGUCAGAUCACUUCGCCGCCUUUCAGAUGAUGUCUCGAAAGUGUCUCAUGGUAAAUUGCAGGAUUAUGGCGCGGGGCAGUGGCGCAGAAGAGGACUUACGUCGUUGUCCGAUCCUGUGGACUGAAUCAAGUACCUCUGGGAACUUUUCACGGUGGUCGGGAUCCACGUUUUGGCAAAUUUCAAUAACCUUACUGCAUGCAGAGGAAGCCAAAGUUCUGACCAUUAAAAACAUGGCGGAUCUCGAAAAAUAUCAGUGAGCAACAUGAUCUGGAUGGCAAACAAGGUAACAGACAACCACACACUCACUUAUGACACACACUGGAAGGAAGAACUCAGAUACAUCUGGAAGAAACAGCUGCAUCAUCCAGACAGUUGCAGAAUAUGAUCAAUUGGAACUGAAAACAUUUAACUAUAUGGAUCACAACACACAGGACUUGGAAUAUUAAAUAGAUCCAGACAACAACUUCUUCUCAUCUAACAAUAACAAUUGCUGCUAUUAUACAAAUAAAGACUACAAUCAGAGGAUUAAAACUGAGAAUAAAUUAUCAAUUAUCCACUUUAACUGUAGAAGAGUCUGUGCUAAUUUUAAUCAUAUCAAAGAAUAUCUUAACCAGUUUUCACAUCCAUUUAGUGUCAUUGCCUUAUCAGAAACUUGGAUCAAUAUGGAAAAAGGAACAGACUUUGAACUGGAGGGUUAUGAAUUCACAUUUAUAACUAGGCGAAACAAAGGAGGAGGAGUGGCCUUGUAUGUGGACAAAUCCUUGAAAUUUAAUGUGGUGGAAAAGAUGACGAUGGUGAUUGAUAAUGUACUAGAAUGUAUUACAGUUGAAAUUUGUAAAAAAAAAAAAAGUAAAAAUGUAAUCAUUAGCUGUAUAUACAGAGCUCCAGGUAGUAUUGAGACAUUUAAAGACUGGAUAGAAGAAACAUUUAUUGAAAUAGCUCACAAAAAAGUUUUCAUUUGUGGAGACUUCAAUAUUGAUUUGCUAAACCCAAACAAACAUAUAACUACUGAGGAAUUUAUAAACACAAUGUACUGUAUGAACCUCUUCCCUAAAAUUACUAGACCUACCAGGAUCACAUCACAUUGUGCAACUCUCAUAGACAACAUUUUUACAAAUGACAUUGAAAAUAAGACUGUAAGUGGACUCCUGAUUAAUGACAUAACUGACCAUCUUCCAAUUUUUACAAUCUAUGAUAGGAAUUACAAGAUCAAUAAAAUGGACAGUAAAAAAGAGUACAGAGGAGUAAGAACAGAAGAAAGAAUGAAUGCAUUUAAAAAAGAUUUAUUGAAAGAGAACUGGGGUGAAGUAUACCAGGAACAGGACGUUAAUAGUGCGUAUAAUGAAUUCCUUAGAAUAUUUACAUUACUGUACAAUACCAACUGUCAAAUAAAGCAAUAUAGUAGGAAACAUAAAUAUAUGGACUGUCCAUGGAUAACAAAAGGUCUGCAAAAUGCAUGUAUAAAGAAAAAUGCUCUAUACAGAGAUUUCUUAAGAACGAGAACUAAAGAUGCUGAAAUCAGAUACAAAAGAUAUAAAAAUAGGUUAACUAAUAUACUUAGAUAUAGUAAAAAAAAGAAUACUAUAUGAAUCAUUUAGAUAUAAAUAGAAAUAAUAAUAAAAGAUUAUGGGAAAUACUGAACAGUGUUAUAAAAAGUGGGACUGGACAAAAGAACUAUCCCAAGUAUUUCAUUUGUAAUGACCAUGAAGAAUACAAUAUGGAUGUUGUGGCAAAUAGUCUCAAUAAAUUCUUUGUAACUGCUGGACCAAAUUUAGCAAGAACAAUCACUCAUCCUGGGAAAGCACAGGAAAAACCGGAUACACUGAUUGACAGAAAUCCAUAUUCUAUGUUUCUCACAGCCGUUGAUGAAAAUGAAGUUUUUGAAAUUGUCAAAAAAUGUAAAAAUCAGAAAUCUUUGGAUUGUAAUGAUAUUGAUAUGAUAGAGGUUAAAAGAGUCAUUGAGGCUAUUAUAAAACCGUUUACAUACAUCUGUAAUUUAUUAUUUCAAACUGGUCAAUUUCCAGAUAGAAUGAAAAAUAGCAAAAGUUAUACCUCUAUACAAAUUUGGCAACAAACACCAUUUCACAAACUACAGGUCUGUCUCUUUACUACCCCAAUUCUCAAAAAUUCUUGAAAAACUGUUUAAAAACCGACUGGAAAAAUUUAUAGAUAAACAUAAACUACUCACCGAGAGUCAGUAUGGAUUCAGAUCAAGCAGAUCAACAUCAUUGGCACUAUUAGAUUCAAUAGAAUACAUCACAAAUUCCAUAGACAAAAAGCAAUAUGUGGCUGGGUUAUUCAUAGACUUGACAAAGGCAUUUGACACUAUAGAUCAUGAUAUAUUAAUAAGAAAACUGGAACGUUAUGGUGUCAGAGGGGUAGCUUUAGAUUGGGUCCGGAGUUAUUUAGGUGACAGGAAGCAGAUUGUGAAAUUAAAUGGUGGUUGCUCCUUAUGUAUGGACAUUGCUUGUGGUGUACCCCAAAGGUCAGUUUUGGGUCCAAAAUUCUUAAACUUGUACAUUAACGACAUCUGUAAAGUGUCCAAAGUAUUAAAAAUGGUUCUCUUUGCUGACGAUACAAACAUUUUUUGCUCUGGUGAUGAUCUGCAGAAUUUAUUGGAGGAUAUGAUUAAUGAAAUAAGUAAAGUGAAGUUCUGGCUUGAUAAAAACAAAUUAUCAUUACAUUUGAAUAAAUCUAAACUUAUGUUAUUUGGAAAUAGUAGUUUAAAUACAAAUGCAAAGAUUCAAAUAAAUGGUGUUGAUAUCGAAAGAGUCAGUGAAAAUAAAUUUCUGGGGGUAAUAAUAGAUGAAAAACUUAACUGGAGAGCUCACGUAAGAUAUAUUCAUUCCGAAGUAUCACGAAGCAUUGCAAUACUAAACAAGUCAAAACAGGUAUUUGACAGAACAUCACUUCAUAUUCUAUACUGUUAACUGGUUUCACCAUACUUAAGCUAUUGUGCAGAGGUCUGGGGCAAUAACUAUAAAACCACAUGACAUUCACGUUUUACUCUUAAAAGCAAUAAAAGCAAUUCGAAUCAUCCACAAUGCAGGUUAUAGGGAACAUACAAACUCACUAUUUUUGCAGUCUGAAAUAUUGAAAAUUGACUAUCUAAUGAAAUUCCAAACAGCACAAAUUCUAUUCAAAGCAAAAAAUAAAGAACUGCCAGGUAAUAUUCAGAGUAUGGGUUUUUUUUGAAAGAAGGAAGAUAUAAUUUAAGGGGGUUUUGUAACUUCAAAACAGGGAAGGUAUAUACUUCAAGAAAAAGCUUCUGUGUUUCUGUUCAUGGAGUGAAACUGUGGAACAGUCUGAAUAUGCAAUUAAAGCAAUGUCCAAACAUAAAACAGUUCAAAAAGAGUUAUAAAAAUAUGAUCUUCUCGAACUAUAAAGAA